UCAAGCUGUUCAAUGGGGGCGACGCCUGGAGCGUGUGAACGCGGCGAGGAUGUGACCGCGUCCCCUCUGGGCUGAGGCCGUUGGAUCAGUCGGUGGGAAAAGCCGCCCCGGCGAGCGGGAUGAAUGGAAAAGAAAAGGGAGGGCAAGGAACUCCGGGCCUCUGCGGCAGAGAUGGAGAAAAUAAGGGUACGAAAUUCCUGGGUGCCAGCCUGCCUAUGGCAACCUAGAAUACUCCAAGGCAGGCUCACAAAAUCCUCACCUACCCUCUGGGACAGCACGCUGCAAGAACAGAAGGGGGAACUUCGCAAACGUCUUUCCUACACAACCCACAAACUGGAAAUGCUUGAAACAGAAUUCGAUUCUACACGCCAGUAUCUUGAAGUUGAAUUGAGACGUGCUCAGGAAGAACUUGAAAAAGUAACAGAAAAGCUGAGAAGGAUACAAAACAAUUACCUAGCCUUACAAAGAAUUAAUCAAGACCUAGAAGACAAAUUGUACAGGAUGGGUCAACAUUAUGAAGAAGAAAAAAGAGCUUUAAGCCACGAAAUAAUAGCCCUGAAUAACCAUUUGAUAGAAGCCAAGGUGACAAUUGAUAAAUUGUCAGAAGAUAAUGAGCUCUAUAGAAAGGAUUGCAAUUUAGCAGCUCAACUGCUCCAGUGUAGCAAGAAUUACGACAGGGCACAUAAGCUUUCCGAGUUGCCAUCAGACUUUCAGGAACGUGUUAGCAUCCACCUUGAGAAACACGGGUGCAGCCUCUCCGUACCUCUGUGUCAUACAUCAUUUGCCGACAACAUACCGACUUGCGUCAUUGCAAAAGUCCUGGAAAAGCCAGACCCAAAUAGCCUUUCUUCACAUUUAUCAGGCUCAUCAAACAGAGAUCUCACCUUCCAGGACUGUACUGGGAAGCUUAGCCAAAGACCUCAGUACAAGACUGACAUCUAUUGCAGCGAUACAGCUCUUUACUGCCCCGAAGAACGAAGACGGGAAAGAAGGCAGAGUGUUGACAUGCAAGUGAAAGAUGUUGGGUUCUUGAGGUCCCAAAACUCCACAGACAGCACGGUGGAAGAAGAUGGUUUCCAUUCCAGCUUUUCUCAUGAAGCUUUUCCAGAAUAUGUUACCUCUUUACCUACUUCAAGCUCUUACUCCAGCUUCAGCGUAACAUCCGAGGAAAAGGAGAACGCCCAAGCUAGCACGUUGACGGCCUCCCAGCAAGCCAUUUACCUGAGCAGCCGGGAUGAGAUGUUUGAAAGAAAGCCCCCAUCAGGUUACGACCACCAGGGAAGUCCAAGGUUUGCAAAGUCUAAAUCCAUCCAGCACAUGGAGCUGGCCGAUGACAAUGAGAAUUCUCCCACCUUCACGAGGACUAUGUCGCCUUACGCAAGCGACCCUUAUCAUUUCUCAGCCAUGACAGCUCAGCAAGCUUUAGCGUCACAGAAAAUGCGUAGUGAGUGCAGAAAUACCCAUUUGUCCGAGGAGGACCUUCCGGGACGGUGGAGGCAACUGAGCGUUGAGGACAUCGGUGCAUACUCGUACAGGAACAGCGGCAGGCUUUCGCCCUGCAGCUUUUCGGAGCAAUAUUAUAGAAGUCCCAUCAAGAAAGCAGACAGUCGGUCAAGUCCCAUUUAUGCUAGCUACAAAGGUGACAGCUUCUCAGAGGGAGAUGAGAUGUGUCAAGGCAGAGUUGCGGAUUCUUGCUUCCUAAGAACGGACAGUGGCCUGAAUAUUGACAUUAGCACUACCUGUAAACAGGACAAGCUGUCUUCUUACAAAACAAAAGAACUGAGAGACAAAAAGAAUGAAAGAAUCACGGUCCAGGUGUGCAGUAGCAAAAGCCUCGACGGCAGCCCCGUCCUCAAAAGGGAGUACGUGGAUGUGAGUCCGAACAGUUCGGCCGAGUCCCUCAACCAGAGUUCUAUGGAGGCUUCAGAGAUCCACCAGUCUUCCAUUGAACAAGGAAGCCAUUCAAGCCUUCACAGCAAGCAGCAGCAACAGUUUCACCGGACUGGAAGUACAGGCUUGAGUCGGAAAGACAGCCUAACAAAAGCACAAUUGUAUGGGACUCUCCUCAAUUAAACAUCAUCCAAAGUUGCAAUAAGGAGAUGAGACAACAGUGACUGACAGAGAUGACCUUUGAUACUUUUAGUGUACAGUUGGCUUCUAGGGAACAGAACUAUUAUAAUAUAUAUAUAUAGAUCUAUAUAUAUAUAUAUAUCUAUACAUAUACACACAUAUAUUCAUACUCGCAAUGGUACUAUUUUAAAAGGAGACGUAUAAACCCAAAUGUGAUGGAACAAAACAAAACAAAACAAAAACAUUACAUGGCACUUUUCACACGAUGACUUUUCCAUCUUGGAUACUAACCCUUUGCCCACUUUUAUAACCUGAGAUAUUUUUAUAAACAAAAUGGUAUUUAUUAGACUGUCCUUAGUACUCUCAAGCGCUUUGAGUGACACUUUUUUGUCCCCUUUCAAGUAAGUUUCUUAUUUAUUUUUUUGUGCAUGAGGCCACCUGUGCCUAAACUCUUGGAGGAAAAGGGUUUAAAAAACAGAAAGUAAAAGAGAAAGAGAGAGGGAGGGAGGGAGGCAGCAGAGGACAAAAUUAUAUCCCCAUAAGAUUCUUUUAAAAAUCAUGUGCAGAGCAAGUUGUACAAGAAUGAUGAUAUAAUAAAGAAGUCUAUUUUUUAAACGAAAUGGAAACAAAUUGAGCCACUAAUGUCUUUAAAUGCAAAUGUAUUUCAGAUAAAAAAAUGAUUUUGGGGGGGGGAUCAAAUGCACAAAGUCAUAAGAAUAUUUUGGCUCAUCUGUCCCAUUGUGUUUCAAUUUUCCCACCCUAUACGCUACCUCAACAUUGAGGUUUUCUCUGUCACUUAUUUUUCUGUAGGCUUGCAUUUAUAUUGUCUCAAAUGCAUGGAGUGUCAUAACUAGUACUGUAUUUUGCAUUACUUAAUAAAGACACAAG